CCAUCCGCCCGCUCGCCCGCCUGGCCGUCUGCAAUGUGCGCAGUGCUCCGUACCAAGUGAUGAUUGGGCUGCCCGGCACCAUUCCAAGAGCCGACGUGCUCGAUUGUAUGCAGCUUGGAAGUGUAGAUCGCACUUGGCCCAACAUUCCCGCAUUCGAUUUAAAGCACCACGACAUCCCAAUUGCUCUCUUGUUGAUCUCAGGCGACGCGACUGAACCCAUGUAGGAGCGGUCUGUGAAUUUCCACUGAUGGUCCGACCCCCUUCAGCGCUCAGACCACGGACGUGCAAAUUAAACUCCUGAGUGGACAGGCGACAAGCUGCACUGCCAGACUGCACAGGUACCGAGGACGGGAGCGAGCAGGGGAAACAACAAAGGAAAUCACUCAAUUGCGGCUUCUAAACCGGCCCAGCACCUCACACAACCACAACGAAGCCGUACUCAGGGGCCCGCUUCGUUACCAAUCGACCUCAGCUCGCCGCCCGUGGCGUGCAGGUCCCAUCUGCCUGCCUGCAUUCUCAAUCGCGCGGCCAAUUGACGCUCUCAUGCCCUCGCCAUGGACGCAGCAACCUCCAGUGGCGUAGACGCCACCGCCAGAGCGGUUCAUCGCGCCACCCCGGAUCCUCCACCACCUGCGAAAGGUCACACAGACGCCGACGACAGCCCCAGUGACGCAAAGAGGAACACCGAGGAGCUUAAGAAGGCCCUCCUGAGAAAGUAUCGCCAUACGGUGGCCGUGCAUUCCAAGGUCAGGCCUUCAACCCUGAGCCAUGACGCCUCACAGACACCGAGCUUCAUCGGGUUCAGGAACCUCGGCCUGAUCGUGCUCAUCGCCGGCAACCUUCGGCUGUUGAUAGAGAACAUACAGAAGUACGGUGUGCUCAUUUGCAUAAGGUGCCAUGACUUCCGCAGACAAGACCUUCUGGUCGGCUUCAUCCUCUACACCUUCGUGCCGUGCUGCCUGCUCAUUGCCUACCUGAUCGAGCUCUUCGCGGCCUACGAGGCGCGCACCUCCCUGCUCCGGGCCUACAACAGGGAGAAGAAGGACGGCAGCUCGUCCCCUACCCUGGAGGAGCAGGCACGCUUCAGGACCACCUGGUACAUCAUCAUGGCCCUGCACUUCGCCAACAUCUCCACCGCCCUCGUCAUCACCUCGCUGGUGGUCUAUUAUUAUGUCAACCACCCGCUCAUCGGCACCAUCGUGGAGAUGCACGCCAUCAUCGUCUGGCUCAAGACAGCCUCUUAUGCCCUGACGAACCGGGACUUCAGGCACUCAUACCUGCACCCCCAGACUGGCGAGCGCGAGGCCAUCCCCGAGCUGUACAAGUCUUGCGAGUACCCGGAGAACAUAACCUUUGGGAACCUGUGUUACUUUUGGUGGGCCCCGACGCUCGUGUACCAGCCAGUCUACCCCCGGAACGACAAGAUCAGGUGGAUCUUCGUGCUCAAACGCUCCGCAGAGGUCCUAGGCUUGUGUGUUGCCAUGUGGAUACUCAGCGCGCAGUACGCCGCACCCACGCUUCAGAAUUCGUUGACGGCGAUAGCAAACAGGGACGUGGUUGCGACUCUGGAGAGGCUGCUGAAACUGUCGACAAUCUCCCUCGUUAUUUGGCUGGCGGGGUUUUUCGCCUUGUUUCAGUCCUUCCUCAACGCACUGGCCGAGGUCACGAGAUUCGGGGACCGAUCCUUUUACGACGACUGGUGGAACAGCGACAGCCUCGGAACGUACUGGCGGACCUGGAACAAACCGGUCUCUUGUUACUUUAGGCGGCACGUCUUCCAGCCUCUUAUGGGGAGGGGAUACUCGUACAACUUCUCUGCGAUAGUCGUAUUUACGAUAUCGGCUUUUCUGCACGAGUUGGCAGUCGGGAUCCCCACGCAUAAAAUCAUCGGUGUUGCCUUUCUGGGCAUGUUGUUGCAACUUCCUCUCGUUGCCCUGACCAAAUUCUUUGAAAGAUCCGAGUCGCCCACCAAGAGAAUGAUCGGGAACUGCAUUUUUUGGUUUACUUUCUCCAUAUUUGGACAACCCUUUGCCGCUCUCAUCUACUUCUAUGCUUGGCAGAACGAAUACGGGAGUAUCAGCGACAAGUGGAGGUACGGCAGGAAGUAGGCCUGGUAAAGCCAAUAGGUAGCUAUACUUGUAAUCAGCGGCUGUACCAGCAUACAUUGGGUUCUCAACAUCAUCCUGAAUAGCCUGUGUUACGGUUUACGUAAUUGUCAAAUCAAUCGACACAGUUCGCAGCCAUACUUUCAUUCUCAUUUUGGUCAAGGAAGCACUGGCCUAGGCAAUGGUUGGUCCAAUACAAGCUUCGUAUACCGCCCCAG